AUGUUUCUGAAGAAAAUUACUCUAGGUUUAACUUGCGUUGCAUCCAUUUCCUUGUCCGUUUUCGCUUUAGAAGAGAACCUUGUCAAUGAAGAUUACCGAGCUGAUAUAAUUAAGGGAGCCUUCAAGCAUGCAUGGAAAGGUUAUUCAACGUUCGCCUAUGGUCAUGACGAGUUACGACCCAUUACCAAUGGUACGACGGAUUCCAGAAAUGGAUGGGGAGCUUCUAUUUUUGACGCGCUUGAUACUAUGAUUAUUAUGGGUCUAGAGGACGAUUACCUGCGUGCCCUUGAUCAUAUCAAAAGUGUUGAUUGGAAGCAGAGUCUGGAGCCUUCAAAAACAUUCGAAACAAAUAUUCGUUAUUUAGGUGGACUUUUAUCUGCUUAUGAUUUGAAAGGUGAUAAAAUCUUGUUAAAUAAGGCAAAAGAAUUGGCUGAGAAUGUCAUUAUGCCCGCAUUCAGAACAAGUAACGGUAUCCCGUCUGCCUACGUCGAUGUUGAACUGCAACCUGUGGGAGGAGAAGAGAUUGUUUUGGCUGAAUUUGGCUCGCUUCAAUUGGAACUUGUACGUUUAUCCCAACUUACUGGCGACCCAAAGUAUGAAAAUGUAGGCAAUAGUAUCCUUGAAAAAAUCUCCAAGGUUCCUUCCAGAAUCCCUGGCUUGUACCCCAUGAUUUGGAAUUUGGACCCUUUCAUGCCUGAAAAUACCUACAUCACCAUCUCCGGAGGCUCAGAUAGUUACUAUGAGUACCUUUUAAAGACUCAUAUUCUGAUGGAAGGCAAAGAAGAACUUCAAUUGGAUAUGUGGAAAACCGCUGUGGGUAGUAUGCACCGUUACCUACGUUCAGAGACGCACGGAGGUAAAGUAUACCUUGCUGAAUUUGAAGAGCAUUACAAGUUGUUGCAGUCAGGUGAAUUAGUCUGCUUUAUGCCUGGUAACUUGCUGCUUGGUGGUCGUUAUUUACAGAAUAAGAAAGUGGAGGCCUUUGCGCUUGAAUUGAUGAACUCUUGUUAUGAUGUCUGGGAUACACCAACUGGAUUGGCUCCAGAGACAUGGAGCUGGAUAGAUAAAUCACAAAAUAUCUCAUUUUAUUCUGAAAAAAUGCAGCUUACAAUGAGUGAGGCUGGAUUCCUAUCGCAGGAUACUGGAUAUGAUUUAAGACCAGAAACAAUCGAAAGUUUAUUCUAUUUCUAUCGUAUUACCGGUGACAAAACAUAUCAGGACAAGGCUUGGAAGAUAUUUGAAGCGAUUGAAAAGUAUUGUAAAACAACUUCAGGUUAUACUCGUAUUGCUGAUGUGACCAAUCAGGAAGAUGUCCAGCCAUUAAAUUUUGAAGAAAGUUAUUUCUUUGCUGAAACUUUGAAAUACCUGUACUUGAUGUUUACCGACCCAAGCUACAUCUCACUGGAUGAGUAUGUAUUCAAUACCGAGGCUCAUCCUUUCAAGCUUUCAACACCUAUUCAAGUUCAAGCCAAAGAGUUCUCUUAAAAAAAAAAAGAGAGAUCGAAAAGAGAGAGGUUGAACCCAAAAUACCAUUAUAGAAAUUGACAUUUAAUUUAUCUCACACUAUCCUCC